GUUCCAGGCUCAGGGACCAGUUCCAGAAGGCCAAACCUGGUGGAUACUACAAGAGAGCUUGGCAGCGGGAGCCUAAGUAAGUAAGCGUCUCCAGCUUGGAAAUAAAUCUGCCCUGCAGGGCUGAGUGGGAGAGGAUCCCUCUUCACUAUUGCUCUCUGAACACGCAGUGUGGCAAGAUUUUCACCUCAGCCCCAGAUCUGACAGGACUUGACCCGACCCCUCUGCUCCUUAGCAUAAUCUCAGUUCCUAGAAAGGAGAAAGUCCCGCCCCUGCUUGGGGACAGCCCCCAGAGACUGGCCUCUUGACCGAGGACGAGGGUUGAAGCAACUACACUACCCCUUUUCCCAGAGCCUCAGCCCCGCCCACCUUCCCCUCAUAAACCACCUAGCCGGCCCGCCCUACACCUUCCACUCCAGUGGCUGCGUCUAGCCUGUUGGUCCCGUCCCAUACGCCUGACCUGCUCCACCCCGGCCCGGGACCCAGUGGUGCCAUCACCAACACCGCUGCCAGGUGAGAGGCUCCAGUGUCCACCCCAGGGCUGAGCUGCUGCAGGUCGUGGCUGUUGGGACACACAGCCCAGGCUCAGAAAAGAACGCUCUUCAGGGGUACCUGCUGUGGGCUGAGACCCGGCUUUCGUGGGGCCACUCUCUGCUUAUUCCUGCUGUACCCUCUCCACAGCUCUGCCUGAAGUUUGCCCUGACGUGAGGAAUGUGGGGGACCCUGCUCCCAAGCCACUUACCUGUCUUUAUGGGGAGAACUCUGUUAAAUGGCCCUGAACUGGACCUCUAAACUGAGAAGGCAGGAGGUGGAGGGACCAGUACAGUGUUUGGGGCUUGGGGUAGGGACAGGUGUACACUUAGGGAACAGUGCAUUUCCUCAGAUGGAUCCUCAAGGGAUUCUCCACUGGACAUUGUUUUUGGAUGUGAUUGGGGAGUGUUUAUAGCAAGGUGAAGAGGUUUUUUUCUCUGCAGUAUGGGGUGUUUCUUUCUGCAGUAUGGGGCAUCUCGGGGUUAGAAUAAGAUUAUCUCGGUCACCUAUCUGGUACUGAAUCAAUUUCUCUGAAUAGAGUUUCUGGAUGGGUAGGAUGGGCAUCCUGGGCCCAGAGAUCUGAGUGGGUUAGAGCAUCCCCUGCCUUUUCUUCAUAGGCACAAUGGAAGGUCCUCGCUCAGACGUGGGCCGCUGGGGUGGGAACCCCUGGCAACCCCCUACCACGCCAUCGCCAGAGCCGGAGCCAGAGCCAGACAGACGCUCGCGUUCCCGCCGAGGAGGAGGAGGCCGCUCCUUCUGGGCUCGCUGCUGCAGCUGUUGCUCGUGCGGGAACAGAGCUGAUGAUGACUGGGGGCCUGAACCUUCUGGCUCCAGAAGCCGAGGGUCCAGCUCUCGGGGUGGCCGGAGACCCGAGUCUCGGGGCAGCGCUGUGAACGCAGCUGGAGAUGGCAUCAUCCGAGAGGGAAUGCUGGUUGUGACUGGCGUGGAUCUGCUGUGCUCACGCUCAGACCAGAACCGCCGAGAGCACCACACGGAUGAGUUUGAGUAUGAUGAGCUGAUUGUGCGCCGAGGGCAGCCUUUCCACAUGGUCCUCAUCCUGAACCGAGAAUAUGAGUCCUCUGAUCGCAUUGCCCUGGAGCUGCUCAUCGGAAACAGUCCUGAGGUGGGCAAGGGUACCCACGUGAUCAUCCCAGUAGGCAAGGGGGGCAGCGAUGGCUGGAAAGCCCAAGUGACCAAGGCCAGUGGACAUAACCUCAACCUACGCGUCCAUACCUCCCCUAAUGCCAUCAUCGGCAAAUUUCAGUUCACUGUCCGCACACGCUCAGAAGCUGGAGAGUUCCAGUUGCCCUUCGACCCUCGCAAUGAGAUCUACAUUCUCUUCAACCCCUGGUGUCCAGAGGACUUAGUGUACGUGGACCAUGAGGACUGGCGGCAAGAAUAUGUGCUUAACGAGUCUGGACGAAUCUACUAUGGAACAGAGGCACAGAUUGGUGAACGGACCUGGAAUUAUGGCCAGUUUGAUCACGGGGUGCUGGAUGCCUGUCUGUACAUCCUGGAUCGGAGAGGGAUGCCCUAUGGAGGUCGUGGGGACCCAGUCAGCGUCUGCCGGGUCAUCUCUGCCAUGGUGAACUCCCUGGAUGACAAUGGAGUCCUGAUUGGGAACUGGACUGGCGAUUACUCUCGAGGCACCAACCCCUCAGCGUGGGUGGGCAGCGUGGAGAUCCUGCUUAGCUACCUACGUACCGGCUAUUCUGUGCCCUAUGGCCAAUGCUGGGUCUUUGCUGGUGUUACCACCACAGUGCUGCGAUGCCUGGGCUUUGCCACCCGAACUGUCACCAACUUCAACUCUGCCCAUGACACAGACACAUCCCUCACUAUGGACAUCUACUUUGAUGAAAACAUGAAGCCACUAGAGCAUUUGAACCAUGAUUCUGUUUGGAACUUCCAUGUAUGGAAUGACUGCUGGAUGAAGAGGCCAGACCUGCCCUCAGGCUUCGAUGGGUGGCAGGUUGUGGAUGCCACACCCCAGGAGACCAGCAGUGGCAUCUUCUGCUGUGGCCCCUGCUCCGUGGAGUCCAUCAAGAACGGCUUAGUCUACAUGAAGUAUGACACACCCUUCAUUUUUGCCGAGGUGAAUAGUGACAAGGUGUACUGGCAGCGGCAGGAUGAUGGCAGCUUCAAGAUCGUGUACGUGGAGGAAAAAGCCAUCGGCACACUCAUUGUCACAAAGGCAAUCAGCUCCAACAUGCGAGAGGACAUCACCCACACCUAUAAGCACCCAGAAGGCUCAGAAGCAGAGCGGAGAGCUGUCGAGAAGGCUGCUGCCCAUGGCAGCAAACCCAAUGUGUAUGCCACCCGGGACUCUGCUGAGGAUGUGGCCAUGCAGGUGGAGGCCCAGGAUGCUGUGAUGGGGCAGGAUCUGACAGUCUCUGUGGUGCUGACCAAUCGUGGCAGUAGCCGCCGCACUGUGAAGCUACACCUCUACCUCUCUGUCACCUACUACACCGGUGUCACUGGGUCUACCUUCAAGGAGACCAAGAAGGAAGUGGCACUGGCCCCAGGAGCCUCGGACUCUGUGACCAUGCCUGUGGCCUACAAGGAAUACAGGCCCCACCUUGUGGACCAGGGAGCAAUGUUGCUCAAUGUCUCAGGCCAUGUCAAGGAGAGUGGGCAGGUGCUAGCCAAGCAGCACACCUUCCGUUUGCGUACCCCAGACCUGUCUCUUACGUUACUGGGAGCAGCAGUAGUUGGCCAGGAAUGUGAAGUACAGAUCGUGUUCCAGAACCCCCUGCCUGUCACCCUCACCAACGUUGUCUUCCGGCUUGAAGGUUCUGGGUUACAGAGACCCAAGGUCCUCAACGUUGGGGACAUCGGGGGUAAUGAGACGGUCACGUUGCGCCAGACAUUUGUGCCUGUGCGACCAGGCCCCCGCCAGCUCAUUGCCAGCCUGGACAGCCCACAGCUCUCCCAAGUACAUGGUGUCAUCCAAGUGGACGUGGCCCCAGCCUCUGGAGGUGGAGUUUUCUCAGAUGCUGGAGGUGAUAGUCGCUUGGAGGAAAGCAUACCCAUGGCAUCUCGAGGUGGAGCUUAGCCCCAGGCAGGAGCAAUGAGACUGGAAUCAAAUGAAAAAGGACAUUGCCCCAACAUGGGGGACCACCACAAAGUAGCUCCCCAGGCUCAGGCAGGAAGGCUGGGCACCUGGGGAGGCAGUGGAUCUUCACCUGUGCUGAUAAUAAACUGUUUUUUUUUUUUAAAAGGAAGAUGCUAUUUAGUAUACCUACCUGUCAGUCUAGGCCAAGAAGUAUGGAGUCACACUGUGCCGGAGAUUAUGUGGCAUUUUUUGAAGCCCUGGUUCAAAAUUGUGGCCGGAAGGUAAUAGUGCCAUGUCAGCCACCCUUGAGAUAAAGCUUGCUUAGUGUCAUGGCCACCACACCUAGCCCAAACUGUAUUUUCAAAUAUUCUUGAAUAAAUUGGGCCUGAGAGCACAGGCCUGUGAUCCCAGUUACUUGGGAAUUAGGAGGAUCUAAAGUUUAAGAGCUGACUGAGUGACAGCGUGAGUUCAAGGUCAGCCUAGGGAACUUAGGGAGGCCCUGUCUCAAAAUCAAAAGUGAAAAGAGCCCUGGUAAUAUAGCUCAGGAAUGUGGGCACAGUAUUUGCCUGGUAUGCUUAAAACCCCUGUACUAGAAAAACAAACAAACAAACAAACAAACAAAAAAACUUAAUUGUUUAUAGAAGUGAUUAUGUUAAUUGUUAAAAGUUAAUAAAUAACAGGGCCAGCAGGGUGGGUGAAGAUGCUGUUAUCAAGACUGACGACCUAAGUUCCAUCCCAGGACCCACUGGGUAGAAGGAGGGAGCCCAUUCCAGUUCCCACAAGUUAUCCUCUGACCCCCACAUAUGCACCACAUGGCAGCAUUCAGAAGCCUAAGGCAGGAGAAUCGUGAGCUUGAGCUACACAUCAAGAUCCUACCUCAAAAAAGCACACAAGCAGCCAAGCAUGAUGCCACCGGUUCAAUCCCAGUACUUCAGGAGACAGAGGCAGGUAGAUUUCUGAGGCCAGCCUGGUCUACAUAGUAAGUUGCAGAGCAGCAAGAGAUACAUAGUGGAAACCCUGUCUCAAAAACAAACAAA